AUGGCUUCAAAGAUGGUCUUAGACUUGUUUUGCUUCACUGUUCUCGUCCUCUGCAUGGCGAAUCCCAGUUUAGAGCAGGAAAUUUUCGACCCCAUGGAUUUCGAGGCAAUGGGUGAUGGUGAAACCGAUGACGGUCAGGCCUUGGUCGAUGCUUGGGACUCGGCAUGCGAGCAUCGUGCACCGGCCAUCUUUGUGAUCCCGAAGAGGACCUUCUUGGCCGGUCCGGCGACCUUCGAAGGCCCAUGCAGAGUCACACCCAAGGUUCAAAUUCUUGGGACGGUGAAGGCUGUUCCCAGCAUGAACGACUACUACAAUCCCGGGUGGUUCGAGUUCAAGCAUCUCAAUGGGUUGGAGAUCGGUGGCGGCGGAACCCUGGAUGGCCAGGGAGCUGCGUCUUGGAAUAAGACCAACUGCCCUCCCAAAAGAAGCUGCAAAAGCCUUCCUAUCGUAUGUCGAUCCAUGAGGUUGUUGAGGGUGAGCAACGCAACGAUCUCUAACCUUACUUUCAUGAAUAGCAAGGGCUUCCACAUCGGCCUGCAGCAGAGCUCGUCCGUCACCAUCAGUCGCCUCCGGAUAUCGGCGCCCGCCGACAGCCCCAACACCGACGGCAUCCACAUCAGCAGAUCCGACAACGUCAUGCUCACCAGCCUCAACAUCGGCACUGGCGACGACUGUAUCUCCAUAGGCCAAGGCGUGAACAAUCUGCAGAUAUCGGAUGUCACUUGCGGCCCCGGCCAUGGCAUCAGCGUGGGGAGUCUGGGCAAGUACAUGAACGAGGAGGACGUGUCCGGGGUGAGCGUCCGGAACUGCACGGUGUCGGGGACGACCAACGGAGUUCGGAUCAAGACGUGGCCGGGAUCGCCGCCGAGCCAGGCCUCAAACUUCACGUUCGAGGAUAUCAUCAUGCACAACGUCUCCAACCCCAUCAUCAUCGAUCAACACUACUGCCCCGACCACGACUGCGUCGUUUCGCCGUCUCGGGUGAAGAUCCAGAACGUGACGUUCAGGAGAAUUCAAGGGACCUCGAACGAUCCCGUAGCGGUCAAACUGAUGUGCAGCGAAACCAUGGCUUGCGAGAACGUGCACCUCCAGGACAUCAGCCUCAUCAUGGAGAACAACACAGCCACUUCUAACAUAACCUCCUCUUGCUCCAACGUGAAGGGGGUGGCCGUGGGGCUUCAGAACCCCGAAUCAUGUCUUUAUUAAGGCGGCCUUUUGAGAGGCUUGUAACCACGCAAUUUGAUCUCC